AUCCCUGAACUGUGGCGUAAAUAUGGGUUGGGACUGUUGGGAAUGGACAACUCUCCUUUAAAUCAGGCGCACCGAGAGCAGCGUCGUGCCGAGGCGUUCCGGAGGGGCGGUCGGCUGGAGGAGGCAGCUGAGUGUCACGGUCGGGCUGCUGAGCUACUAGUAGCAGCGCUGACUCUCACACCAACUCCCCUAGCUAGACAGAGCAUCACCCUCCAGCACAGUUAUCACCUUCGGCAGCAGGAACUUCUCAAGUUCCGGAGUAAACAGCUAGAGAAGUAUGUCAAGGCAAUGGAAAAUCAGCGCGUGAAGAUGGGCACAGCGAGUGGAAGCAGUGCAGGGGGGGUGGGAACUGGUGGGCGCGAAUUAACGCCACCAGGCCCCUACACUGCCAAACGACCCCAGGCAAUCACGCAGGAAGUUACCAAAUAUGCCCGAGAUUUAAAUUUGAAUCUCUGUUUCAUCAUGUUAAUCCUGGAAGGGGGGCCCGAGGGAAUUUGUAGAUAAAGGAAGGAAGACGAAGGUGAUAAAAGCACACCCACCGAGGAGGCUGAAACCAAGGCCGGCGCCAAGGAAAACUCAAAAAUCUCGGGAGAAUUAGCAGGGAAGACCAAGAUGCCAGCCAGCGAGAAGGCGGAGGAAGCGGGCAGCAGCUCGGGGGAAGUCCACGGCCGGAAGAAGAAGAAGAACAUGUUGGUGAUCGUGGAGGAGCUGCGUACCCUAAGGGAUCACCAGGCGGACCUCAUCGCGCAACUCAUGAGUGAGCUGUCCCACAUGGAGAGGGAAAACUGUCAGUUAAAAAGUCAGGUACGUGAGCUUCAGAAUAAGUGCGAGCAGUACGAGGGAGAACGGCGCCGCAUGCGUGCUCUGGCUGAUUCCAGCUGCUCGCCUUUUGUAUUUUCUCCGCUAAGUGAGAUAUCCCCAGAUCCCCCAAGCGUUGAUCUUGCGCCCUUAGAAAUGCCUCCUUUGGACUUCAUGGAAAAUUUUGAGAAAGAUUCGUAAUGAAUGGUGUAAGAGUAAUGAGAGUGAAUGAAGAAAACUGCCAAAGUUGGAUUAUAUAUUGGGGAGGUGUUUUUUUUUUUUUUUUUUUCCAUAGUAAGAAGGGCAUAUUGUAUCGAGUGAAAAGAUUUCCUAGAUUGGUGUCAUGAUACGACUUUGUGAUGUUUGAAAUAUUGGGCUAAGAAUUGAGAAGUAUUUGUAAAGUCAAAAUUUUAACAUUAUUUACAAAAACUAAUCUUUCUUUCUUUUACCACUUUCAAUUAGACUUGAAAAGUGAACAAAAUAUCAUUAAUUAACAUUUGUUAAUCCAUAUCACAGAUGAAAUUAAAAACUACAUUUCCUUUCUAUUACUGUAACAUUUCAUUUGCGAUCAUUUAGUGUGUUGUUAUUAAGUGGUUAAAUGUUAUUAUAUAGGAAUUGAAGAACCGAGUGGUGUGGGGUUUAUCAAAUCACUUCAGACUGUGUGAUGUGUGUGUUAAUGUAGGACUGAUUAUUUCCUGAAAAGAAAAUUGCAUUAAAAAGGACAGAAACAGUGAUUACUGUAAUUCUGACAUGACUCUAAGUUGUUUAUCAUUGAUUGCCUAUAUUAAAAGCAGAUAUGGUU